AUGGAUUCAGAAACCACCCAACCAGGCCCUUCCUGUCAACCACUGGACCUCCCUACUGGGUCACAGAGCACCUCUGACCAAACGACAUCAGGAUCUGAACCAAGUAAAAAUAACCAGAGGUCCAGCCAAUCCAACAGCAAUUCCAGAAAGCACACUGAAAAAUCAGCUCAGGUCGUGGAAACACCCAGGAAAAGAAAACGUUCUUCCAAGGACUCCAGCCAGGUCAGAGCAGGAAAUGAGGGCAGUUCCUCUGGGGAAAAGAGACACAAGGCUUCAGUAAAGAAGGCCAAGCCAAAAGCCAAUGGUCCCCAAGAUGGAUUAGCCCAUUGCCCAGAACCUCAGGACACAGAGCCACCACCAAUUCGGAAGAGCCUGGUGACCUUUCUGCGUGGGAAGUCUGAGGAGAUUUAUGCAGACACAGUCCAGCUGCAGGCCCAGCAACAUGGUUCCCUGCUCACCUAUGAGCAGCUCUCUCAGCUCAGAGAGCUCUCAGAUUCUCUGACUGCCAUGGUGCACACAUUCUACAGCAUGGCCAACCAGGCAGGCUUUGCCUUCCCUGCUGAGGGCUGGCUUGUCCCAGACCCUAUGCCUGCCCCUCAAGAGCUGACUGGCAAGGAAUCUAGGAGCCCUUUGUUGGAGGGAGGAGAGAAGAUCACAGAUCUUACCAGCCCAUCAGACAAGUCCUGA